UUUUAUAUUAAAUAAUACACCUUUUAUUUGAAAUCGCAGGUUGAAAUAACUCUAUUUACACUUGCCUAGAUCCAUUUCGCAGCUGAAUGAAAUAAAUGUAGAUUUUUUCGUAUUUUGCAAUCUGGCACUAGUGGCAUGAAUCGAAUUAAGCUUUUUAGUUUCGUGAGCAAACCUGUAUUCGUGAUGUCGUACGCGCGUCGUUCGUGAAAUUUUAUUUAUUGUUCGAAUCGAUUUUCCACUUAUAAUCAAAUUAGGUGCUUUUGGCAUUUGCAAAGUGAUGAUUUUUUCCGAAGAUAAGUUAAACCUAGCGUAGAGAAAAGAACGACGAUUGUUUUGCGUCUCAUAGAUACUCCAUUCUGCAUAGAUAGUAUAGUUAUGGUUAGGAUUUCCGAAAAAUGUACGAUUUUUGAAAAGAUUGUGCCCUUAUUUUGAAAAAUUAGUGAUUCAAGAUGCAAAAUAUGAAGACCAGAGUUGUUUCCAUCGGUCCUUUCACUAAAAUCUGCCGAAUAUGCCUCCAAGAAACUGAGAGGCAAAGGAACAUUUUCGGUCCACCAAACGGCCAACCUGCCGAACAUUUACGAUACGUCACAGAUCUCAAGGUGGUCCAAAGCGACAAGUUGCCCCAGCAAGUAUGCGAGCCGUGUCUGGCGCAUCUAAACAUUGCAGCUUCCUUGAAGCGGAAAGCAAUUGCUUCCUGCAAUAUGCUUUCGCUAUUAGUUGGAGUUUCUGCAGAUUUGGAGACCAAGCAAGGCAGUGAUUCUAACAUGAAAAAGCAGAAUAUCGGAGAUAAGGAAAUGGCGAAAACCAUGAUAAGACUUGUAGAUGAAAUAGGUAUGGAAAUGGCCGUCGUCAAAGAAGAACCGAUUGAUAAUGAUAUCGUAAUCAAAGAAGAAGUAAUAGAAGAAUCUGAGAAUAUAAUCCAACCGUCAACUGAAGUAUCUGAGGAAGAAGAGUUUCCAGGACAUAUACAGACGUACGAAGCGGAUGGCGUCAAAUAUGAGAUUGUUGACAUGAUAGAUCCGGCCUCCCCUUCAGAAAUGAUUGAAGUCGACGAAGAAUAUGUUGAGGAGGUUGACAUGGAUAGAAUUAACUAUUCGGCUGUUGACGAUGACGUUAGCUCACAAUCUAUGCUGAAAAAUUCUACGAAUGAUGAUGAAACCAUUUUGUUAGACGACUUCAUAAUUGAUGAAACUCAAAGCAUUUGCGAUGACAAUGAAGGGCAAGAUGAAGUUAUUCAGGUGGAAGAUAAUUUAAAUGAAGACUUAGAUGAUUCCCUUGAUAAAUCUGAUAACAUCUCAGACGCGAUUAUUCAAGAUCCUGAAAUACCUACCGUAGAGUUCAUACUCCCGGUUGAUGAUGGAACUGUUCCGAAGAAUUCGCCGAAAAAAAAGCAAAGAGUUAUCAUUGAUGGUAAGCCGGUGCAUAUUAACAUGCCCACUAUAAAAGUAUAUGCCUGCGACAUGUGCCCUUUCCAAACUGAUAUGCGACAUAAAUUAAAUACACACAUGAAAAGACAUAUGAAUAAGUUGGAUUAUAAAUGCCAAUUCGAAGGUUGCAACAGCGCGUUUUUAUCACAAGGGUUGUUAACGGUACACGAGCGCAAGCAUACUAGGGACAAACUUCCCACAUGUGAAGUAUGUAGUAAAACUUUUAUAAACAAAGUUGGCUUAUUGAAUCACAUGUCCUAUAUUCAUAAAGGGCUGAAGAGGUUUCUUUGUUCGGAGUGUCCUACGAUGUUGGCGAGUGCGACCAGCUUGCGCCAGCACAUGUCCAUUCACAAAGGUACCAGAAAUUAUUUGUGUGACGAAUGCGGAAAGAGUUUCCGAAUGGGGAAGGCAUUGCAAUCGCAUAUGGAAACUCAUACUGAGCAAAGACAAUAUGCUUGUACGCACUGCGAAAAAACUUUCAAACAGAAAAGUGUAUUGCAAAAGCAUGUGCGCGUCGUUCACACUGAAUCGAGUAGAAAUAAAUUUACAUGUGAAACGUGCGGUAGAAGAUUUCCUUAUCCAUAUUUACUACACCAUCAUACCACAGUUGCUCAUCCCGAUAAUCUUCAUAUGUGUGAAAUUUGUAGUUGUCGAUUUCUGCAGCCAGAAGCGCUGGAACAGCACAUGAAUUUCCAUAAAAAUCCUGGCGAACGACAGUGCGGACAAUGUUUGCGCGUUUUUCCUCAAGAUGAAGAUUUGAUUACUCAUGAAUGUAAGAGUUCCAAAAGCAACUUUUAUUAUUGCUAUAGAUGCCAUAUCAGCGUUCAAGGUGCACAUUUAUUCGAUAUUCAUAAUAGGCACGUUCAUGAUCUGAAAACGUUAACAAUACCCAAAAGGAAUCGUCCACGUAAAUUUGACGAUGUGGGCGAGGAAGUGGUUAAAGUUGAAUGCAAUAAAUGCGGAAAAGUUAUGUCCAGUGGUCGUCUUGAAACUCACAUGAAUACACAUCAUAAUGCAGAUAAAUUCUUGUGCAAAAUUUGCAACAAACGUAUGAAGACUGUAACAUCGUUUACCAGGCAUAAGCAGAUGCAUACCGGAAUCAAGCCGUUUAAAUGUGAUAUUUGCCCACAAACAUUUUUCCAAAAGACGAGUUUAAAUUUCCACCGGAUGGAACAUACCGGCGAACGACCCGCUAAGUGCAAAUUGUGUCCAGCCGCCUUCAAGCGAUUUGGCGAUCUCAGGGUACAUGAACGAAGACAUCAAUAUUCCGGGGCCACUAUGCGAGGCAAUAAAGGACAAAGAAGGGUUCAAACUCGGCCCCAAUCACAUGAACUGCAGGAAAUGACAAUAGUUCAAAUUGAAGAUAUUAAAACAGAUCCGGAAAACAGUAUAAUUGAAGUAAAUGAGACUAUGGUGUAUGAAGACGAUGGACAAGAAUUUGAUGAAGAAACUUUUGAAAUAGAUCAGCAUGCCGUUAUUGAAGAACUGGAUGAGUUGAAUGAUCAACAAGUGUAUGAGGAAUUGAUUGACUAUGAAGGUAUGAUAGUUAUAAACAAGGAUUCUUUGGAUUCGUCAAUUUUGACAAUGACAUGAAUAGAUCGCUGUAACAAUAUCGUAGAUAAUAAUUUUAUACAAAUAUAUUACACUUACCGAUUAUCAACCACGUUUACUUCUAAUCUUAGCAAUUGAAUAUAUUUGUGUUAGUUAAAAAAAAAAAUGUUUUCAUCCCUGAUAUUUAAUAGAACAUGGUAACAAAAAUGUAAAUAC